AUUUUGAGGUUAGUUCAAAGUUCAUAAUCAAAAAGUUUUGCGGUUUCGCCAGAGACAAGUUUUUGUCCAUACAAUUCUGUCUCAUUCAGUGCAUCUACUACCUAAGUUACCGGAAUGCCUUCAAUGAAUACAAUUCGUAAUUAUCUCAUCAAUUUUCUCUGGGUCCUAAGCACAAUCAUGUCUCAUCUCCACGCUUGAGCUAUGCCAUCAGCAGAUCAAGUCAGUUAAUCAUGGAAGCACAAGAAAUGAUUAUCGUAAACUCUCCUCGGAAGGAGCAAGGUUGAGGUUCACUCUUUCCUGAAUAUUUUUCUCGAUUGCUGAAGGAGUUGCAGUUUCUGUCAUAAUGCCUACAGUUAUCGUUCUGGAUGUUUCCUUGUCCAUGGCCUGUCCAGUUGCCAACUCUGAGUCUGGCGAGGUCUACACAAGGCUUCAACUGGCUGUUAAAGGGAUCAACUCACUACUUGAUUAUCUGGCCCUGCACUGCAAACUUGAAUUCGUAGCUUUGAUGACCUACUCAUCUCUAGUGGAUGUCAUUAACCCAUUCACACGCGAUUUUGAUCAGAUCAAAUCCAAGCUGUCGCAGAUUAUUGAGCUGGAUAAAACUUGUUAUGAGCCUGUCUUGACUGCCAUCAAUGGAUUUGUUUUGCGCGAGUGGGGCAGCUCCACACCAUGUCAGGUUCUUCUUGUAACAGAUGGCUCACCCGGGAUUGGACCAACAUCUCUAAAAAAUAUAGUUCAGUCACCUACCAUUCCUUUGCCUUUCUCAUUUCCUGGAAAGUUAACAGCAUUGACAAUAUCAACUCCUAAUGAUGAUCUGACACAUCUGGAAAAACUGGUUGAGUUAGCCGGGAAGGAAAGUUGUGUUCUACGCCCUCACUCAGACCCAACUGCUGUUAAUGUUGCAUCUAUGUUUCUGAGUAUGGCAGAAGAAAAUUACUCCUCUUUCACUGGACAGUUGGUCUGUGGAAACCUGCGGAGUAAAAUAUCUCUCUCUCCGACCCCCUUGCCGUAUAUCAAACCGACAGACUUUGAAAUGAUUACCGUCAGCAUGUCGAAUACAAUUGAGAUCUGUGGCUUCCUGGACCUAUCAGAUGUAGCCAGCCCAGCAGCUGUGUCUCGCCAUCUUGUCCUGCCCGAGACUAAUUCUACUUACAACUAUCCAGUCAAAGUCAACCCGAACUCUGAAUCCGACGACGAAAACGCCGAUGAUGGCAAAGCACCUUCGUUUUGUGUUCUUCUUCACGGUGCAUUGAAAGUGGAAAAUAUGGCGGCACUGUGCCAGUUGGGUCCAGAUUGGUUUGGGAUCCUCUACUCCUGGGCAGACUCAAAAAAGAAAUCGAAUUUAAUGUUAACGGUACUAGAACCUGGUUCAAAUUCUGUGCCAUGGCUUGGCAAUUUCAACUAUCUUGGUCUACCAAAGAACAGGGAAUUAGAACCAGAUGAACUGUUCCCAAUAAAGCCAGCAGAGAAGAGAAGCUAUGCUCAAAACUUUGUCGUUUGGAUAAAUCAUGCAAGUCUUCUGUCGGAUAUUCAAAAAAUAGUGAGGCAUGCCAGAAAAAUACCUGACAAGACACAGCAUUUCUACAAGGAAUUGAACAAAGUGCGCCGUGUAGCCAUCUCCUAUGGCUUCAUCGAACUUCUGGAUCGGUUGGCGUCAACUUUAGAUACUGAGUGCACUUGUUUGCCGGGUGGCGCCCACCCAGAUUGCGCCUUACAAUUAACACAUGCUGCAACAGCCUUAAGGAAAAGCCAUUCCAGGGAUCCAAAAAACAAUAUUCAGCCUUUACGAACUUCAUUCUCUGCCAGGGAUUAAGGACCACCUGUUAUUGUGAUGAGAAACUCCUAUAGCUUUACGACCUCUCCUUGAAAAUUUUCUGUCAUAGUUGAUUUAAAACAUGACCAAUCUACACAGGUCAGUCAUUCCCGAGGAUGAGUUUUGGUACUCUACUGCGCAAUGAUGUAGUAUUGAGUGCCUGCAAUGUAUUUCUUAUGGGAGCACCCAUUGUGACGUAGCAUUGAGUGCCGCCGAGUUAGGGCCGGGCGGGGAAGUGGCUUUCAAAAAGAUGCGCAAUAACUGACCUGUGUGGAUUGGUCUUGAUUUAAAAUUGUAAAGGUUUAAAAUUGGUCUACUGAUGAGUCAGGGUGUCACUGGACCUAACAGUUUUACGUACAUAUUUCAGUUUACUAAUUUGUAUUCAGAGCGUUUAUACCUUUAUUGUCAUUAAAAUGAUAUUUUCCAGUCCAACUAAAAUUAGGUAAUCCAAACAAAGACUGUGAUUUAUUUAUUUUUCAUAAGAUGUAAUCAAUUGUAUAUGUAAUGUAAUAUUAUAAGAUUUUAUUCAUACCUAAA